AUGAACACAGAUGCAUCUGUCCAAUCUAUUUUGAAUGGGUUUCUUGCGCUCAAUGACUCACAGAGCCGUCGAGCUGUCUACCAAGGCAUCUUCCAAGCCUUAACUCCUCGCGAGAUGCACGAGAUCAGUAGUUACAUUAAAGAAUUUACGUUUCAACGCGACAUAUUCGGCCAGUUGCCCAUGGAAAUUGCAUGCCUUGUGGCUCAAUAUUUCGACUUGGGAGACAUCUUUGUACAUCGAAGAGUCUCCAAGCGAUGGAGGGAACUUCUAUCUUGUUCCACCGUAUUGCAGUCUAAAAUGAGAACAAUACCAAGGAAAUACUCUACUUUGUCCCUGUGCAAAUCAGUUUCUGGCCUUGAGUCUAUCCUUAAAAGAAGAUGGCGCAUGGAGCAUGGCCGACCCGCGGCUCUCGUUGAGUUAGAAUCUUGCUUUGACUUUGAGUCAAACUCAGUAAGGUGUUUCUCUUAUUGUGACGGAAUGCUUGCAUGGCUCUCCAAUACUGAAGACGACUUUCUCUACCUGCUGUUUUUGAGAACUGGUCAACUCAAACGGUACACCACUGAGAACCGUGAAUUAUUGGAAGUGGUUCAAGUGUCAGCUGAUCUGGUCACAGCUGUGUCGAUACGAGGGUAUGUCUUUAAUAGGCACUGUCAUGUCUGGAAUGUCCGAACGGACCAACACAAGUCAUUUCGCUUGUCUUCAACGAACUUCCUCCGCGUUAUGGUCAAUGGAGUCAAUGUGGUCUUCCAUUAUCGCAACCAAAUCAUACACUUCUCUUUUCUUUCUGGUCUUGCUCACACAGCCAUUUUUCAAGAUCACAUUCUUACAAUGUCUCUUCAUGCAUCAGAGAGCCAAAUAUCUAUGAUUUGCAUUCAAAAGAAGGACGGUCAACAUGUACCUCACGGGAAAUUGGAUCAUCGUGAAUGGGAGGGAUAUCAGCUGCAAGUCCAGAGAAUUUCGCUUCAGGGCGACCGGCUUCAGAGCGUUUCAUUGCAACACCAUGACCUUUCAUCUCUUAUCUCUCUUCCCAAGGGAUGGGACAUUAGAUUCGAGGAAAGAAUUCUGUUUCGCGCCGGCCAAUCCUCUUUCACGACGAUAGAAAUGAGUACAGAAGCUCGAGAAGGCGACGUUGAACCCCAUGAAACGGUGUAUUUCUCGCUAGAUAUCGAUGAUACUGUUGCUGCACACUCAAUCACAUGGUUUGGCUGGUGUUUCCUUCCACCAUGCUACUUAGACCAGGAACUGGUGUAUGGCCAACGGAUACCAAACAGUCAUGAGCUGUACAUUGGUUUCGAACAGCAGAUGGUUUCUACCGUACCUGCAGGAGCUGUGAAGUAUCAUCUUGAUUUAGCUUCUUGUCCCAGAAAGGUCAUGGUAGCGGAAUGGGAGCAACAUAUGAUGUAUCCUCUGGAGAUGCAGGGAGAUGAUGAGUUUGUUAUAUGCUCGCAGCAUGAUCAAACCUUUCUCUGGACUUUUGACGAGGCAUGGAAGCCUCCUACCACUCCGAGGAAGCCCCCUAUCAGUUUAAUCACGAACCUAUGA